AUAGAUUUAAAUGAAGAUUUUUUUUAACACAGUAUUUACGUUUAAACAUCCACAACACCUUCAGAUAAAACUGUAAAAUGUAUUACAUAUGUAAAUAUUAAACCAUAUAAAACUCAAAACGAAAUAAACAAAGGUAAUAACCAUUCAUGAACGUAUCUGUUAAACCUUGUAUUCGAAACAUACAUGUAGGACAAUGUUGCUUUAUUUUGGUUCCUAAUAAACAUUUGAGCAGUUUGAUCGACCCAGUAGGUCUAAAUAAACUCCUCGUAGAUAAAAUUAUUAAAAUGAACUGUUUGCAGUUACAGAGAGAUAAUAACCUAGAGUCAUAUAAUUUGCAGGAACAAUAUGAGGCAAUAUUUGAAGCCUUGUUGGAGUUGUUUUCGGUACCAGAUACGUCUAUACCAAAGAAAGAGUUCUGUCAAUAUACUUCGGAUCAAGAACAGAAGAAAUUACCACAAAAUCAAAAGCUUUAUAAACUAGAAUUUCAGAGAUUAGAAACCCUGAGACCCGUGUAUCCUCCAUCAGCAUUUUCUGCUGCUACAUCAAAAGAAAAUAUAUCGAAAAAUUCGAUAAAGAAAAUAUUUCCACACAAUAGAUAUAGACCGUAUACAAUAUCAUACUCAAGAACACGUAAUGAUUACAUCAAUGCAGUAAUUAUUCCGGGAUAUACAUAUGACAGUAAGAAUUUAGUCACGCAAUGUCCUCUUGUAGAAACUGUUGUAGAUUUCUGGACAAUGGUAUAUGACCAUAACUCUCAUAUUGUUGUUUUGUUGGACCAGUUGAACGAGAAUGCUCCCUUAUGGUUAGAACGACAGGAGGUGCUAGAGUUUAAAGAUUUUACUAUUGUGAAAGACACCUCACCCAAUCCAGAGGAGCUUAAUCUUACUUUGAAUCAUAAGGAAAAAGAUCCGAUGACAAUAACUGUUUUUACAACCAGUAAAGUGAACAAUUAUGCAGUACUUCCAUCAAACAUUCUACUUGACCUGCUGAAAAAAGUAAUAGCGUGCUGGAAAAUACAAAAAGUUCCAAUUACUGUUGUGUGUAGUGAUGGUUGCAGUAAAAGCGGGGUGUUUGUUGCAUUGAAACUUAUCUUGGAAAAAAUGGAGAUAGACGAUGAAAUUGAUGUUUUCCAAGUUGUUAGAACAAUGCAAGUUAGACGCCCUGAAUUCUUCACAGCAUUUGAUCAGUAUGAAUAUUGCUACAGGUGCAUCAAAGAGUAUUUAGAAAACGACUCGGUGUAUACAAAUCUAUAAUGAUACCUGACUCAGCGCUAAUAGAAGUUUUUAUGACAAUUAAAUGGAAUAGUUAUUACAUAGUGUUAUUUGAACAUUUCAACAGUUAUGCUCAGAUAAAUCGGUCAUAAGCUAUUAACCAUAAUGAUUGUUAGAGUUUCCAUGCGUAAAUUGAUGUAUAGAAAUAAUUACCAUGACUAUAAAACAAAUAAUAGAUGUUAAUGUAUAUAGAACUAAAAUCGAUUUGUUAAAAUUUACAGUAGGUGUUAAAAUAAAAAAAAAAUGUUAAUCU